AUGAACCACAAAAUUCUCUUUCUUAUUCUUCUGAUAAGGAUGUGCUCAACUGGUCCGGUUCCUGAUAAUCCAAAGAAACGAUUUCCCACUGCUAUUAUUGUCGGUGUCAAGAAAGCUGGAACACGUGCACUGUUGGAAUUUUUGAAAAUCAAUCCUCUUGUGAAGGCACCAGGUCCAGAAGUUCAUUUUUUCGACAAAAACUUCAAUAAGGGAUUGGAAUGGUAUAGGGAUCAAAUGCCAUUGACACAUUCCGGAGAAGUUACGAUCGAGAAGAGUCCUGCAUACUUCCACAGCAAGAAUGCACCAGAACGAAUCAAGUCGCUCAAUCCAAACACUAAAAUAAUAAUAGUUGUCCGAAAUCCUGUAGUUAGAGCAAUUUCAGACUAUACGCAGUCGUCAAGCAAACGAAAACGAUUAGGUUUGAUGCCCAGUUUUGAAGAAAUGGCAGUCGGAAAUUGUGCAAUUUGGCUCAAAGCAAACUGCACGACAAAAGUUAGAGGAGUUAAUGCUGGUUGGGGAGCAAUCCGAAUUGGUGUUUAUCAUAAACAUAUGAAAAGAUGGCUUGAACACUUUCCUAUGGAAAACAUCCACAUUGUUGAUGGCGAGAAACUAAUUAAAUCGCCUUCUGAGGAAGUGAGCGCGACGGAAAAAUUCUUAGGCUUAACACCAGUCGCUAAGCCUGCUGAUUUCGGAAUCGACCCAAUUAAAAAAUUCCCAUGCGUUAGAAAAUCCGAUGGAAAGCUGCAUUGCCUUGGAAAAACUAAAGGAAGACCUCAUCCAAUUGUGAAAAGAGAUGUGCUGGAUACUCUCAAAAGUUUUUAUGAACCAGAGAACAAACGAUUCUAUAAAAUGAUUAACAAAUGGUUCGACUGGAAUUGA